AUGAUGGCCUCGAUUACUGAUCCGACACCAACUGGUGCCCCUUCCCCCGUCGCGCGAGGUGAUCCCGACUGCAGUCCUGGUGCAGGUCACCUUGAAAAACCUCGGGCCGACAUUCAAGUCGAACACGAACAGUCUUAUCCGCGUCGAUCAUCACGCUGGGAUCAACUCGUGUUACUCGAUGCCCAUAUCGCUCGACUCGAAGAGACCGAAUCCUCGCCUACGGCGUCAGCGGCGGCGCCUUCGUUCGUUCUCAUCAUCCUUGAUCCGCUUCAUGUUCGUCCGCUUCCCGCCCUUUACUAAUGAUCCCCUUCUGACUGUUACCGCCAUCAGUGGCAUUCCAUCAACCUGCUGACCAGUUCUACCUCUUCUGUCCUUUCCCCGAAAAGGUGGCGCAACAUCGUGUCGGCGCCGAAGUUGGUGCUUUCCUCGCUGAGGCGCUUGACAGGCUCGCGUUCGACUCACUCGUGGCCAUGGCGACCUCGGCGAACGGCGCCAACGACGAGUGUUUGGCGAUACUGAUCUCGUUGCGUCUCCUCUCGCUGAAAUUACUCGAGAGCAACAUGAGAUCUAUGUGUCGACUGAUUACUCUCUCUCCCUCUCCAGCCACGUGGAGGACCUCAGGCCGAACGACCGCACCAAGCUCGAAGACAGCAUCCAAGGCUUUCAGGAGCAGUCAUUGCUCGGAGUCGGGAUCGCCCUCCGCUCCGCUGCUGCAGUUGAGCGAAAAGUCAAAGGUCAGCUUUGUUGUUCAUGAGCCAACUGGUUUCAUGAUAUCUGCCUCGGACCCCGAGCUCCUGACGCCAUACGCCUUUCGCUCGCUUCAGCCUUGAUGAAGUUCCACGGUCUUUCACCCCUGUGCUCGUCCAUCAUCCUAGGAGAACACUUCCGACCCAUCGGAUCCUCCUUCUCAACCAAUUCUAACAUCUUCAAUAAGCUGUACUAUGUCACCGAGUCCGAUCUCGCGAAGCUUUCGACUGCGAUCUCAUCCACGCCGGGCCCAUUCACGAGUCACCCUGACACCGCAGUCGCCGACCCUUCUGCUGCCGGCUCUCCCCGACGACGCCCCCAGCUUGAUCAGUCACGAUUCUCGUCCGGCUCAAGCUCAAGGAACGUCGGUAUCAACCUUGCCAAAUCGUUCUCGGAUCCAUUACCACUCACUCCAGGUGAUGGUCGUCACCUCGAACCGCUGGUCGCGAUCUGGCGCCAAACAGUGAGCCCCUCCGGUUUCUUGCGAGCUCAACUACGGUUCCCAUGGCUUAUCAGCCCUGGCCCACCUCUCUCUCCGUUAUACGUUGUAGCCCCCUCCGUGUCACAACUUUUACCUUAGUUCUUCAGGAUGCCCUCAUGGUACGAGUUGCAAGUUCGGCCACGACUACAUCCUCUCGGGUCGAGACUUCGCGGAUCUGAGGUCGAGCGUGCAGAGGAUGCCGUGUGACAGUGUCAAGGAAGGGAGCACCAAGCCUUGUUCGUUUGGAAAUGAAUGUCUUUAUGGUAAGUGAACAGUUCGAGCUACAAGUAGAAGAUCGGGGUAAAUGAUGCCCCUCGUUCUACUCCUGUCCCCUGUCGACUCGCGCAUCAGGUCACGUCUGUCCCUACGACGACAAGUGCGCCUGGAACCGCUGCAAAUUCGGCUCGAUCGCGCACCCAAGGAAGAAUGCUUCCCGUAGCAACAGUGGCCAUGAUCCCAUCCCUUCAUCCCCUAGUCCUUCCUCGACGAGUGGUGCGGCGCCUUCGACUUCGGCUCCGUCGCCUACGAGCGGUGGUCGUCAGCCGGGCCAGCCGAGUUGUCAUGCGGGUAUGGAAGGAUGGUCGAGGAAGAGACAAGAGAGUGUUUCCAAGUGA